CUGACAGCGACUUUUUAUGGUAUAUAAACGGUCCGGAAGCCCGCUGUACCACAGUAGGAGAUUUUAGACGAGAUCGAGAACUAAGAAUACGUUGGGACCCACGAACGCAUCGUUAGACAAGAAGUUCGUAUUUAUCAUCCAGUUUCUUCGUGUCCUGAUAGGCCUUAAGAUUUCCUUAGCAAGAAUGAAUCAGUACGUUCCUCUGAGUAUAUCGUGCAAGAAACAGUGUAACGUCAAUCGUCGUUACACGCCGUAUGUUCCUCAAAGUAGUUAUACGCCAUCCAUUCCUCAAAGUUAUACACCAUCCGUUUCUCGAGAUAAAACUGUUUCGUGCAAGAAACAACAUGAUGCUUCCGAUAAACCUUGCUACACGCCUCGUAUCAUGAGCAGGAGAUUCGCCCUGACAUCCACUGCAUACAAAUACUUGGAUGUUGGAAUCUGCGUGGUAUCUGGUGCAUCCUAUGUGGAAAUCAUUCUCGGCGACAAUCGCGGAAAUCGGAUGGCGUUAGAUUAUUCAAU